GAAAGCCUGGCACGAACCUUUAGCGAGCCGGUGCCCGUGUGGCAGCCCUCCACUGUCAAGGGCUUGGCAUCUCACUACAGCGGCAUUUUCUCAGAGGCGGAUUUCACCAGCGCCUUGUGCAAGGAGGUGGACGUGGAGGACGAGAGCAAGUCCAUGUACUUUACUCUGCCCAAGUCGGU